UUUUAUACUAUGUCGUUAUCUCCGAUUUACAACAGUGAUAAUAUCGAGAGUGAGGCUUCAAAUAUCAUAGACUUGGUCAAUAAUUAUGACUGGUCGGCGACAUCACUUGGUCCUAUGGAUUCAUGGAAACCUGCGCUCAAAAAUGCCGUGAAUGUAUGCCUCCAUACUCCAUUUCCCAUUUGUCUCUAUCUCGGUCCUGAAUGGAUUCUUAUCUAUAAUCAAAAAUAUCAACCAAUAUUAAAGACUAAACAUCCACAUGCAAUAGGUAAACCGGCUAAAAUAGUUUGGCGUGAAAUAUUUCAUUAUUUUAUUGAAAGAUUUGAAGG